AUGGUGAUGGGUCGUACCCACAACAAUGGGCCUGUCGACCACACGGUCGUGCCCGACCGUGCCAGCCUGCGCGGCAAGUCGAUAAUCGUGACGGGCGGUGCCAACGGCAUGGGCGAGGUCAUGGUGCGGCAGUUUGUCGAUGCUGGUGCCUUUGUCACUUUCGGUGACGUCAACGAGAGGGGCCGCGAGAUCGAGGCGGAGCUCAACAAUGCUGCAACAACACCGGCAGGAGACAAGACCAAGAAGAGAUGUGUCUUUGUCAAAUGCGACAUUCGCGACUGGGAUGAUCAGAAGCGCAUGUUCGAGACGGCAAAGGCGGAGAGCCCAGCGAACAGCGUUGAUGUCGUCAUUGCCAACGCCGGCAUCAGCCGGAGUUCCGGAGACAGCUUGUGGAAUCUCGAUGACCCCGAAGGGGAACCAACCAAGCCAGAUCUGAAGAUCCUCAAGGUCAAUAUUGACGGAACUUUCUACACAUGGAAACUGGCAGUACAUUAUUUCAGAAAGCAGCCCGAUGUGCCGGAGCGCGACCGGUGUUUCAUCAUCACAGGAAGCAUGGUCACGUGGAUAGACUCUCCGGGCAACUGGGAGUACACCGCAACCAAGUAUGCGCUGCGGGGCUUUAUGCGCACGGCGCGCCGCUCGUCAUAUGAGCAGGGCAUCCGCAUCGCCUACGUGGCGCCCUGCUGGAUCAAGAGCGCCAUUCGUACUGCCGAGUACGAGAAAUGGCUCAUUGAGCGCGGCGUCGAGUUUGGCGAGACGGAGGAUUGUGGCAACUGCAUGAUGCGCAUCGCGUGUGACAAGAGCAUCAAUGGACGUUCGCUCAUGAUCACACCCCGGAGUGUCGUCCCGCAGGGCUUUAUGGAUGUAGACCGAGACGACUACAGAGACACACCAGAGGAUGCGUACAUGAAAAAAGACAAAUGGCGUGACGAUUACAAGGUCAGGGUUUACAAGGAUUAA